AUGGUCAAAACCGCAGCCUUCGGCCUCGUGGCCCUCGGUGCUCUCUCAGGAGUCACGGCCCUCAGUUCCUACGGACUGCCCGACCCCAUCCUCGUCGACUUUGAUGAUGACGGAGUGGUGGGCGGCCUCUACCGUCCCAAUGCUGCUAGUCCGCUCUCUCGCAUCGGUGUCUACGUGAUGCACGCCGAGCAGGACUACCUCAACUUCUCGGCCUGCCACGAGCUCCCCAAGCGCGGCUUCACCACCUUCUGCGCCAACAACGAUGCCAGCAAGAGUGGCUACAUGACCGACCUCGACUUUGAGGAGAUGAUGACCAACGUCGCCCAGGGCAUGAGCUACCUGCGCAACUUGACCGAGAUCGACAAGGUCGUCAUCUUCGGCCACAGCGGUGGCGGCGCCAUGAUGGCCGCGUACCAGAACAUUGCUGAGAACGGCGUCAGUGCCUGCAACGGCCCCGAGCGCAUCUACCCCUGCUCCGACGCCAUGGCCGGCCUCCCCGCUGCCGACGGCCUCAUGCUCAUCGACGCCAACUACGGUCUCUCCACCAUGUCCCUGCUGAGUCUCAACCCGGCCAUCGUGGACGAACACUCGGGCUCCAAGAUCGACCAGUCCCUGAACCUGUACAACCCGGCCAACGGCUUCUCCGAGAGCGGCGCCAACUACACCGCAUCCUUCAAGAAGGCCUUCCAGAGCGGUGUCGUGGCUCGUAACAACCGCAUCCUCGCGCACGCUGAAUCCCGCCUGGCCGCCAUCAACAACGGCACCGGCAUCUUCAGCGACGACGAGCCCUUCUACAUCGUCGACUCGAUGUACGUUGGCUUCAACAACAAGUUCUUCGCCCAGGACACCCGCUGGAUCCACCACACCACCCAGCCCUGGCCCCUGCUGCACCGCAACGGCUCCAUCACCAAGCAGAUCGUGCCGUCGGUCCGCGUGCCCGCCAACUUUGAGAACUUUGCCGACAACUUCGAGGGUGGCGCCAUCAAGACUACUAUCAAGCGCUACCUCUCCACCCUGGCCGUCCGCGUCACGGACGACUUCGAGUACAAGGUCGACGGCUUCGAGGGUAUCGUCUGGAACUCCAGCCAGACCGCUCCGCUGGGUAACAUCGGAGGUGUGACCGUUCCCUUACUCAACAUGGGCAUGACGGGCCACUACGAGUAUCUCAACGCCGAGAAGCUCCACUUGGCAGCGGGCAGCAAGGAUGCCGCGAUUGCGUUUGUGGAGGGCGCUCAGCACACGAUUGUCACUUGCACCGAGUGCGAGUCGUACCCGGGGGAGUUUGGCAACACGCUGUACACUGCGUACAACUUUAUGGCGGAGUGGUUGAGCAAGGAGGGUCGGUUCUUGUAA